AGGCACUCCCCCUGUGCCGCCGCCGUUUCCAAGGGGUCAGAAACCGCUGUGUUUGUGUCGUCCUCGGAGCCGGGCUCCGUGGUGCGGGCGUUGUGCCUGGCCGGCCGGAGGCGAGCGUGACGCAUCAGCCGGAGACCCGUGCCAGGGCUGUGAGCGGCUGCUGGGGAGACAGACUCGCUUUCUCUUUCAGCAUGCCUUUUUCAAAGUGCACCGUGGUGCCGCUGCCUUAAGCCCUAGGGGAAGACCCUGCUGCCUCUGGACCGGUGCUUCUGGUCGCCACUGUUAUUCUGAAUCAAGUACCUUGUCAUUGAGCUACCCUAUGAAAAUGCCUUAAGAAAGAGCCAUGGAGAAGUAUGUUAGACUACAGAAGAUUGGAGAAGGCUCAUUUGGAAAAGCUGUUCUUGUUAAGUCCACAGAGGAUGGCAGGCAUUAUGUUAUCAAGGAAAUUAACAUUUCAAGAAUGUCCGGCAAAGAACGGCAGGAAUCAAGGAGAGAAGUUGCAGUGUUGGCAAACAUGAAGCAUCCAAAUAUUGUCCAAUAUAAAGAAUCCUUUGAAGUUGCUGGUGAAGGUAAGGAGCUCAGAUAUUUCUCUACCUUUGGAGCAUCAAGAAAUGGGGGGUUCUCCAUCAAAGCAGCAAAUGAGACCUGUUAUUUCUGUGACUUCGGCUUUGAAAGAAGUGGGCCUGAACCUGAUGAUUUGGAGACAGAAGUUCUCCAAGAGCCAAGUAGCACAGACACAGAUGGAAGUUUGCCACGUGCUGUUAAUGAUGUGUGGAUUAGUGAGGAAGAAGAAGCUAAGGAAACAGAGUUGGAAGAUAAGGUUGCUGAGCAGCAGAGUGAGGUUUGUGAAGGCAGCAUUCCAGGGAAUGUGGAGCAGUCUCGUGAGGAUCAUAUAGAGCCUGCAGUAGAUGAUUCUCAGCAGUCCAGAUGUGACGUAGAGAAGUCAGUACCGCCAGAACCAUUCUUCCAGAAAGUGGCUCAGUCUGAGCACUUGAGCGUAGUUCAGUCAGAACCAGUUUCACUCCGAUCUCGCUCUGAUUCACCACCAAAAGCUAAAACCAAGAACUCCUUACUGAUCAGGCUUUCAACUGGUCUAUUUGAUGCAAACAACCCAAAGAUGCUGAGGACAUGCUCACUCCCAGAUCUUUCCAAGCUGUUCAGAACCCUGAUGGACGUUCCCACUGUAGGAGAUGUUCAUCAGGACAGUCUGGAGAUAGAGGAGCUUGAAGAUGAGCUCAGUAAAGAUUCUGAAGACACGAAGAACAUCGUGGCCAAGGUUUCACUGAUGGGGUAUAUCAAGAGAAACAGCUUUUUCAGUGUGAUGAAGAUUGUGGCGUGUUUGUGGCAUUGGACAAGCUGGAGCCCAUAGACGAUGAUGACAAUGGAUUGGAAAGUGAUUUUGCAGCCCUAGGGGAUACCAUGCAGGCUGAACCUCCCCCUUUGGAAAAAAACUCCAGAGUAUCUUUGAAGGUCGGAGAAAGUGUUGAAUCUGGAAAAGUAAUAUUCUGUGAUGUUUUGCCAGAAAUAGAGAGUCUAGGAUAUUUUGUUGGUGUGGACAUGGAUAACCCUAUUGGCAACUGGGAUGGACUGUUUGAUGGAGUACAACUUUGUAGCUUUGCAAGUGUUGAAAGUACAAUUCUUCUGCA